AUGCACUUCCUGCAACUAGACGUCGAUCUGGUGCUCACAAUACUCUCGCAUCUACCCCCUCCGGAUGCGUUCCAGCUAGCCUUGACGUGCAAAUCGCUUCACGAGGUGUCAAUGCAGCGGCGGCUCUCUCACAUCGCCGUAUCCCAGACGUGGACAAGAGUGCGCCUCUACAAGUUCUGCAAGUACGUCGCGACGAGCGACCUCCGCCUGCGGUGUGUCACUGGUCUCUCGCUGUCGUUCUUCCCUCCUUCGCCUAGCGGCAAAACGACGGCUUACGACCUAGCGCCACUCUUUGCUUGGGUGAUCCGGCGGAUGACCCGCCUCGCGUACCUUCGGUGUACUCGACUAGGCCAUGUCCUCAAAGCCACCCCGUGUCUCGUGGAUGCCAUCGCCGAACAUACAACCCUGACCCGGAUUGAGUUCCGAUCGUCAGACGACGAGAUGCUUCGUCUCCUCUCGCGCAUGGAGAGUCGCCCGAGCUCGGUCUUCUGCAGUUUCGCGUCCACCGGCAACACCGGCCCCAGCGUGCCCAUAUCUGAAUUUCUAGGGAGGUUCUCCAAGUCGCUUGUCGCUCUCGAGCUCGCCUGUUCUCUGCCUCUCGUGUUCGAGAAGUGGACGGGUACCGCUUCCUGGCGCUGUGGCUCCGUUCGCCACCUCACUUUGUCCCAUAGCGUCAUCAAGAAGUUGCCUAUCAUCGCUCGUACGUUCCCAAGAGUCAAGACGCUCCGCAUCGUCUUCGCUUCUAUCACGGAUCCCCAUGUCCCGGUGGAGUGGCCUACCAUCGACUAUCUCUCAACGACUUGCCCGGUCAUGCUGUCGCACCCCGUCCGUCGGAUGUCUCUCCAUGCGUCGGCGACCUGGAGCAUAAUAUUGUAUCCGGAGAUGCUCUCGCGGUCUUCUCCUAUUGUUUUGGCGUGCCAGGCGGACCCCCUUUCGAUCAAUUGUGUGGCGAGGUUUGCCCAUUGUGUCAAAUUCCUCCAGCUGUUUGUGCCCGACGUCCCCAACGCUCGUGGUUACGCGUACACGGAUGACCUCCUGAAAGUCUUACUCCCGAAGUUGACGUUCGUGCCGCUCGAGGGUAUCACGCUCAUGCUACGUCUGGACUUUGAGCUGGACGAGAUGUCGUCGCACGUAUAUGCUGAAGCAAUUGCAAGCUGCUGCCCCUCGGUGCGGUACGUCGGACUGACUGCGCACACCACAGACGCGGGCGCGGUGGUGGAUCGGGAAGCUAUCAACUACGUCUGGUACGAAGUCAUCUCUCGAGGAGGACGAGGGGGUCCUAAACUGUCUGUGCUGUCGGAAGGUGAAGGUACUUGUACGCUUAAUCUUUCACAUUUCGACCGGAAUUUGUAA